GUAAAUUGUAUUCGCGGAGGCACGUGCGCAUUUCGUUUUCGAGGUCCGUUCGCGAUCGCGAUCACUCGACAUCGGGUAUUAGCGUCGUGUAUGUGAGACUGCGUUCGUUUGUGCAGUUUCCGCGUUAAUUUCCCGCGUCGACGGGAGCGAGCGCCUCCGGUGCAACAGCCAUGGAGGACUCGUGUCCCGUGAGCAAUGCCGCGCAACAGGCUGAGGCGCAGCGGUUCCGGAAACAGUCGAAGAAAAUCGGCCGAAAAUUGUCCCGUCGACUGUCGCUUAUUACCAAAGUGCCAAACAUAUUUAAUGUUAAGUUCGCCGGGGCAGAAAGUCCGUCAACGCCGCACAAAAUCGCGCAUGGCGUCUCCGCGGCUACCGUCGACGACGAUGUCAUGCAGGCGCACGAGAUCACCGUUAUCGCGCCUGACAAGACUCAACGAUUGAUGACGGGAUGUAGUGAUCAGACGAUUAAGCAAUUGCUGGCCGGUUUGGUAUUCGAAUUCAGCUUGGAACAACCUGGCUAUUAUCUGGGCGGGUCAUUAGCUGAAAUCGACGAAAAUUGCACUAUUGGUUUCCUAGUAGGAGACAUUGUAAUCGUACAAGAAGAUCAAUUCCAUUCGGAUCAAAAGCACGAAAACGAUGGAAGAUAUUGUCUUACUGAGAAGUUCAUUUACGAUGAGAUAGCAUAUAUUACAUGCCUAAAAUCUGCCAAAGAAUUAUACGGAGAACCGUUGCGUAGAAAAAUCUUGUCCAUCGAAGAAUAUGAUUUAAUAUUUGAAAAAUUAUUGAAAAUAGCUGAGAAAUGCAGUGAAGUCGUUAAAGAAUUACAAUCUGAUAUGGAAAAUUGGGAUCCAGUAAUUGCACAAAUAGGUAGCUUAUUUAGUACUAAUUUCUGGGAUCAUUAUAAUGAUUAUCAAGACGUUCACCGACAUGCUAAAGAGUUGUUGCGCGAAAAGUCAGUGUUGGAUGAGGAUUUCGUAGCGUUUUGCGUGCAAAGGAAAGGAGCAGCCAAACACUCCUUGCGGCACAUAAUCGAUUUUCCGGUACAGAGACUGACUCAAUACGAAACGUAUUUCCAAAGUUUAUUGGACGAGACCAGACCGGAACAUGGAAGAGGCGCCGAAUACCACGAUCUGUGUAUGGCGAACAGCGCCGUCAAACAAACAGUAAAACGUAUUCACGAACAAAGCGAUUUAGAACGAAUUCAAGAUGUUUUUCCAAGCGAUUUCCUCAGAUUGUACGACAAAGAAGCCCUCACAAUGAAGAUGAAAGGAUUAAUUCGGAAGAGAGGAGGAACCGGUACAGCUGCUCUGCGGAGAGCCCUAUCGUCGAAAUCUCUGCGAUCGGAGUCACCUCCUUCAACUCCCAACAAAAUCCAAAACGAUAGCCCGAGGAAGUUUAUAAUGGAAACUCCUGUUCAAUUCGUUAAUGGUGUGCACUGUCAAGAACGUCAUUUAUUUUUAUUCAAUGACCUCUUGCUGGUGGCCAAAGCGAAAUCCGGUAGUAACUUUAAACUUAAGGACAAGGUCAGGAUAUCAGAGAUUUGGCUCAACGAAUCGCCGGCUGUAAUCGACGAAGUUGCCGAAAUUCCCAAGUCUUCGGACACGUCUUUCGUCAUCGGAUGGCCGACUACCAACUAUGUAGCAGUGUUUAGCACCCAAGCAACCAGAAACUUGUGGUGGUCGAAACUAGCUGAAGAAUCGCAAGAAGAAAUACGCAAAGAUCCUCCGACUACCAACGUCCAAGUAUUUUAUCAAGAUCUCAACACUGGCAUAGAAUACUGUAAGACGUUUGCCAUCGGACCGGACGAGAGUGCUAAAGACUGCGUAAAAAUCGCAUUGGAUCACUUGGAGAUGAGAGACGCGGACCCGAGUCAGUAUCAGCUGUGGGCCAAGACGCCACGUGAAGAGCCGCCGUAUCCACUGUUUGGUCACGAGAAACCGUAUUCCGUCAAGUUGAGCUGUCUGCGGGACGGACUUAGCGCUGAGGAAGGGUUUGACUUGGACCACUGCAACAACGUGCACGACCCGUUGGCCAGGUGUCAUUUCAUUUUGAGGAGUGUAAAAGCUCAAGAAAACGAAACGAACAAAAAGACGCCGAAAAAGUCUUCUAGUCGUAUGAAAAUUGGCCAGGUGUUUAAGAAAACUCCAACCAAAGAUAAUGGAGGCAAUUUGUUCGGUGUACCUCUGAAUAGAAUUUGUGACGGAGAAAACCUUCCUAAGCCAGUCAUGGGCAUGUUACACCAAAUAUUCUCAAAAGGACCAUUUACUCAAGGUAUAUUUAGAAAGUCUGCAAACGCUCGUUUAGUCCGCGAACUUCGCGAGAAAAUGGACGUUUGUGAGGACGUUUGUCUGGAAAACGUUCCUGUGCUGGUUACCGCAGCCCUGUUCAAAGACAUGCUACGCUCGUUGCCCGAUCCUUUACUGUGCACCAGCCUGUUCCCGAAAUGGCGAUCAGCUCUGGACUGUUCCAACCUGCCCACGAAACUUUUUAGAAUCAAAACGAUUAUCGAUCAGUUGCCCAAACCCAAUUAUCAUCUGCUGUGCCACUUCCUGUGCGUACUCUACCACAUAUCUCGGCGAUCCACGCACAACCUCAUGUCGGCCGCCAACUUGGGUGUGUGCGUUGGACCGUCCCUUUUGUGGUCCGAUUCGCCGGCCAUGUGUCCGACCGAAGACUUACGUACCGUACCCGCACUGGUCGAGAUACUCAUCACCCACUGCGAGUUGCUGUGCGGGCCACACGUGCCGAACCUUUUGGGCGACCCUCGGGAUUCUGGCACCGAAGAAUCUGACUCCAUGAGACGGGACGAUAGUUCUAUAGACAGCCUGGAAGUGAGCCCGCCACCCAGGAAGGAUCAGAUAUCGUUGAGCCGGGACUCUGGACUGACGAUGUCUGACUCGCAGUUGUACACGCCGGACGAGGAGGAGAGCGGAUCGACCAGUUCGAGCGGAUAUGACCCGGCGUUUGACCAAGCGCAUUCAGCCAAAACAGCCAUGUCCGCCACUGCUGUUCCGUCGAUGCCGGGCGAGUACGUGCGUGUCUACCCGGGUUGGGAGGAGCGGAAAAACGCCAACUUCCAGCGGCAAGCCUGGUUCCGGCAACGAUCCAAGCGUUUAACAGCCGCGGCCAGCAAGGAAGCGGUUCGUCGAAGCGCUUCUGAAGAGUCUGUAUUGGAUGGAAACGUGCCUCCGCCCACGCCACCCCGUCGCAGCAAGCCCAUCCAAAUGAACGGCAACAACAACAACAACAACCGGAUAUCCCUAGGCCCGCAACAAGAUCAAUACCGAAAAAUGACCGCGGCCGACUACUACGACGUAGUGGUCAAGUCGGAAGUGGUGGUCGAUUCGCUGCACCCAAACAACUACAAUACGGAACUGACCAUCAAACCCGUACUGCAGCCGGCGGUGACGUACCGAAAGGACGAGUCGCAGUCGGCUGCGCCCGUAGUCGUCGCCCGGAGGUCGGCCGAGGCGAUGGACCGCAGACGAUAUCUUCAGCAACAGCAACCGCACCACCAGCAACAGUUGACGGCGGCGGCGACCACCGGCACCGCCACCGCUACCACCACCACCACCACCUCCACCACCACCUCGUCCGUCAACACCUCCGCCAUAAAUGUCGUCGCCACCGCCACUCCGGCGGAGAACUGUUGCGACGGCGAAAACGAAGAGGACUCGAGCACGCUGUCCGACGAAGACUGUACGCCACACGUGUCCCGGAGCAACAGCCGCGGAAACGAGGUGGCCACCGACUCGCUGAAGCUCAGGCAACACCAGCCGCUUCAGACGCCGGUCGCGCACGCGGACGGCACUGUCCGGCUCCGCGGCCGGUUGAAGCGCAAGGAGGAGAAGGCAGCCGUGGCCGCGGCCAGGUCCCGGUCCUUGCCACCGCCUCCGCCGUAUCGGCCACCACCGCCGGCCAACCGCCGCGCGCCCAUCACCUCGUAUUACCUGGGUGAGUGCAGUCAGGCACAGCAGCAGCGAUUCGUCGUCACCAGGACGUACGCCGACGAGGAGUCUUACGUCUGAUGAUGUGCGCGGGUAUACGCGUAUUCUCGGCCCUCCCUUUUUGGAAUCGACAUUCGACGAUAGAUAUUAUUUUCAUGUGUGCGUCUCGAUAUGUCUCUGCCACAUUCCCUCCCCCCACCAACCGCCCCGCCAUCCCUAUCCAGAGUUGCAGUAUUUGUUGGCCAAUGCGAUUUGUAUAUAUUAUUAUUAUUAUUAUUAUUAUUAAUUAUUAUUUUUAUUUUAUUAUUAUAAUAUAUACACUUGACAAUAUAAAAGUAUAAAACUACUUAAGUUACCUGUCAACUUGAAAACAAAGAUGGGCGCAUGGAUGAUGCUAUUGCUGUUUUUUUUACAAUAAAAUGUUCCUGAUCGAUAUACAUUAUUAUUAUUAUUUUAUUUUAAGUCCAUACGAGCUUGAGUAUUUUUUUUUUUUUUCAUUGUCCAGUACUGAAAGUACAUUAUUUUUAAUUUCAUUUUUUUUUUUUUUAUAUAUAUUAUAUACAUUUAUACGUAUGAUAACUGAAAUGUUUUCAAAAUGCUCAUUGAAAUGAUCAAAUAAUCUAAUGUUAAGAAUUUCACAAGUACAAAUAUCGUCGUAUCCAGACACCAAAUACCAGUGUCGUCAAACUAUGAUAACAUAUUAUGUUAAUACCUUCAAAAUGUCAAAAUUAAACAUUCUAUACUUAUUACUAUGUUUAAGUAGAUUAUAAUAACAUUCUGAAGCACUGUGAUUUAAGUUAUGUACAGUACCGUAUUAUUAUAAAGUAAUAAUUUAUAAUUCGAUUUAAUAAUUUAUCUUAUUGCAUAAGACUAAAAAAAAAAUGUAUUGCACACUAUACCGAAGUAACAAUUAGUUUUUUUAU